AUGGCGUAUGUCUUCAGGGCCAAGAAGUCGGUGGCGGCCGUGCCCUCCAGUCGCCGUUUGGCUUGGCUCCAGGCGCGUGAUGCCGAAGAGCGGUCGGAGUGGGAGCCGCCCGGGUCUUCGGGGUCAGGUGAUGACCGGUUUAUGCAGGAGAAACUGCCCAGGCCAGUCAUGGCCGAUCUUAUGGCAGGUCCCAACGUCCCACUUUCAAAGGCCUUCUUGUCGUGUGUCUGGGUCCGUUCCACGAUCUCUCUCAUCCUCUUCGUCAACAAUCUUUAUCGGCGCAGCUGGAGGGUGUGCUUCAUUGCAGCUGCGUUGGACUGCUCUACCAGCUUGGGAGGGCAGUGCCUACCCCUCUGCGGUCCGAGGAUCGCUGUCGACAACCAGGCCUGCGAGUUUGUCCUCGAGGAGAUCGCCAAGCUGGAAGCAAGAGGAGAUCUCUUCAUGGCCUCCGCUCAAUUGUCAUCACACCCGUGCGGCUUACGAGUGGACCCCUUCAAGAGGAAUGGCGCCAUGGUUUACGCAAGCAAGGAAGAGGCCGAAUACACUGCCCCUUUCGCAUUUUCCAUCGCGGUGGCUGCUUCCUGGUGGGCAGUGAGGCGCACGGUCCGCGACGUUUUGGCUGAAUUCGGCGUUUUGCCGGAGGACUUCGUCUAUGUUGGCCAAGGGCGCCACAGCCACCGCGUCCCAACUACAAUCUGGAAGUCGCCCAAAGUGCCAGGCCAUUCCUGCAAGCCAUCCGAAUGGUUACCCUCUUAUGUGCAACGCAUCAAGUCAACUUUGUCCUCUCGCCUUGCUGAACUUGGGCGGACAUUGGUCUGCGACUGCCCUUUGGAGCAGAUGUGCAAGGCCGACGUCCUGGCAGGGUUGAUCUGUGCGGAGGGGCCGCCGCAAGUAAGCUCAGGGGACGGCCGUGGGCGGAUGGCUGCCAACCUAGCAACCAGGUCGGACGCAGAGUUCACCGGGUUCAUGUCUCAAGAGAGCUUGGUCCUUCGGUUUCGCAAGCUGUUUCCGGCUCAGUGGUUCCAUGACUUCAAAUUUCCGAUGGUUGAGGACCUCGGAUGCGCGAUCAGGACAGGAAAGACGGCGGCCAGCGAGCGUCAUUACCACCUCUACAUCCUCGUCAGACGCACGUGGCGAGUCCAGCAGGUCUUGGACAUGGGUUUUGCCGCCAAGCUUGCUGCCUUUUCACUCUUACCCAGCUUUUACCGCCUCUUACGAUCUUGGCUGGUGUGA